ACUGCGUUUCCCCAAGAUGUGACAUCGUCUAGCUGUCUUUUAAAAGAAGACAACAUGGCAAAUACAGACGCUGCCAACUUUUAUUAUAACUUCUCCAUCAUUGAUCCCAAUGAAAAUGGAAGUGAGAAUUUUCACACAUUUACAACAAUCUUCCUGCCCUGCAUGUACUCGGCUGUUUUCAUCCUUGGGCUAGCAGGAAAUGCCCUGGUCUUUGUCAUACUAGUUUUCUAUGAGAAACUGAAGAUGCUGACAGAUAUAUUUUUGCUGAACUUGGCUAUAGCUGACUGGGUCUUCCUUUGGACGCUGCCAUUCUGGGCAUAUUCUGCAGCUCAGGAGUGGACUUUUGGCACCGUGGCAUGUCGUAUUAUACGGGGCUUGUAUACUCUGAACUUGUACACUUCAAUGUUAACUCUAACAUCUAUCACCUUUGAUCGGCUUAUUGCUAUUACUUUUGCCACCAAAGCACAUAUGUGUCAAACCAAACGAAUGAUAUGGGGCAAAUUAAUCUGUGUCUUGAUCUGGGUUAUAUCACUAGCAUUUGCCACACCGCAGUUUAUUUUUAGUGAGGUGUUUAGUAUUGAUAAGGCAAUAUGUCAGGAAGAAUACUCAAACCAUCACACAGAACUGGUUCUUGAAGUGAUCCAAGUGACCCUUGGCUAUUUUAUUCCCAUGCUAGCCAUGAUCAUCUGCUACUCAUUAAUUAUUAGAACCUUACUGCAUGCCAGGAGUUUUCAAAAGAACAAAUCUCUGAAAAAAAUAUUUUCUGUAGUUGUUAUAUUUAUUCUUACUCAGUCACCCUAUACUUUCUUGAGACUAAUAAAGAUCAUAGACUGGAGCUUUAACUUGAACAGCAGCUUUGAAUACGCAAUCAUUGUAACAGAAGCUCUAGCUUAUUUCCAUGGCUGUCUUAACCCUGUUCUGUAUUUCUUCAUGGGGGUGAAAUUCAGGAGGAACUUACAGAAAAUAAUUAAAAACUCAAGAUGCAUCAAACGGCAAGUUGCAGCUAAACCAUGGCAAACCACCGAAGAGGAAGGCUCUAAAACUUUUUCUGCCUCAAAUAAUGCAGAUGCAACAAGCAUGUACCCGCUAUAAAACUGCCCAGAAAAUCUGGCAACUAUUUACAGGUGGUUUUUUUUUCUUUUUUUUUUUUUUUGUAAAUACUGAGAUAGAUAGCCUGCAUAAAAGAGGAAGUACAAUCUCAUUAGUAAAGACAUUGUGAUCGGCUUUAGGCCAACCUAUCUUAAUCUUGAUAUUUCAGUGUUUCCUGCUUUUCCUGGUCAGAGCUGAUCCUAUAACUGACUUAACUGUGCAGAAGAUCUUCAAAAGGUGUAAGAAACAAUGAGAUAAAACUGUUCUUCAUGACAUAAAACUAACUUGGGCUUCAUGACUCCAGAGAGGUUGGAGACAUUCACCAAUCUGUGGCCUGCUGGUUUUCCAUGGAAGGCGUUUGUUAACAAAAGUAUUUAUGAGCUUUGUUUCAAAGAUACUAUAGAUUUUAGUUCAUCUCAUUCAUUUCAUGAGAAUUCUUGGAUUAAAAACAUACACAUUUCAAUCUUCAUGCUGGGUUUCAUGUGUGAUUGCCUUUUUUGGGGUUAUUUUUUUGGUAUUUUUUUAUUUGGGAGAAGGUUUCUGCACACAUUCCGUCAGUGUUCACCCAAAAUUUCUGUAAUAAAGCAGCAUUUUCAUCUGUCUUCCACCUAAUAUCAAGUUCACAGUCUGAAUCUCCCAUACACAUCUUUGUAUCUUAGUUCUGAUAACAGAGCUCACGUUGUCAGAUGACUAGACCCCCUCUCAACACAAGGGAUAUCAUACAACUUGUGGGCUCUAACUCUGAGCAGUGUUUCCAUAGACACAAACUCUCACACCCUAAUUCCCACACAUUCUCUGCACCAUGACAUCUUCCCAGUCAGUUUUCCUGGCACCCCCUUGGCACCCUGGUUUCUUUGCCAUGAAACUCUGGAUUCUUUAGCUGUCCUCCUUCCUUCUUUCUGCAGUCCCUCCUUUUUACCUCAGGCCUUUUCACUUCCCAGGGGGAGGCAAAAAGGUGUGCAGGGAGCAGUGCAGACUGUGGCAGAAAGUAGGCAAAAACUCUUGCAGAGAGUAGCAGAACGGGGUGAAGACUGGAGUAGGGAAAAGAAAGAAAGGAUGUUGGAGAGGAGCAGAGGGAGGGCUUUAUGCAGCUGUGGGCUACCUGUGUUGAAGAUAGCAUUGGGUCUGGCCCAAAGGCUGAAAGUCCUUUGCAUUACAGCUUUGAAAUACCAUUUUUAACCUGUUUCAAACCAUUCUUGCAAUAACCAUGUUCAUUCUGGAUUUUGAUUUUCUCCCCAUUAACACUCAGUCCUUCCUACCAGAUCACUGCAGCUCAGUGGUACCUGACACUUACCGGCACCAUCGUGUCCGUGUCACCUUUUUCCCCCGUAGGAAACAGCUACUUAGGCAAGCCUUUCCUUACUACACAAUCUCUCUUGUUUCUCCCAUAGUGAAAUGGUGCAACAUCCUUCAAAGCAAAACUAGGAAGGAACGUGCUGAGCUUUCAUGCCUGUGUGACAAGUAAAGCUGCUAUGCCAGCGCACAGCCGCAAGGCAGGCUUUGCCGGCAGAGGGUGGCCAGAGGUGCUCCUGUCCCCACUCCUCUGCAGGCCGGUUCUGAGCAGCACAGCAAAGGCUCCAGACUACAUGCAGUUCCCCCUUUUGGCUACGCUGGCACCCUGCCUGGCCAUGUGAGUUGUAAUUAGGUCAGGAAAGUGUGUGAGGAGUCAUCAAGAAAAAAAAGAAUCCAAACCAAAGCAACCACAGUGCAGACAGGCAGAGAUAUCAUUUCUGACAAAAGCAGUAGCAAGGUGUGAAUAAACUGUUUGUUCCCAUACCACAGUAGUGUCAAUAUUUUUACUUUUUUUUUUUUUUUUAAUAGAAUUCUGCCGUCUAUGAUCUUGAUUCUGCUGCUGCCACAUUUAUGGCAGGCAUGUGACUCCUACAAUAUGUUAAAAUGGAAACACAGUGCACUGGUUUACCCUAGGCACUUUGACCCAGUGCUAUGCAAUAUCCUGACCCUUGUUUUAGAACACAAUCUGCAAGUGUGAAUGCUUUAGAAAUAAAAGAGUUUAAAAAUACAACACUUCAAAAGAAAACCUGUGAGCCCUGAAGUAGCAGAAUGUACCGCAAAUAUUUCAAUCAGGUUGAUCCAAACUCACGUAACAGACUUUGUUAUAAAGUGUGAAGUGACAGCUGCUUAAUCUUUAGGAAAGAGCUGCUUCAAGGUCAGCCAGAGUUAUGACAGCAUCUGUCUCACCUUGCCACACACCUGUGCAGCUCAAGACCAAGAUGAGUUCUGUUUCUCAACUGACCUGUACCAAUAAAGGAAUUCUCUCACAAUUUGCUGUUAUGAAGUAAUGCCAUUGUAAUCAUAUCGUGUCACUUCAAGGAAAGAACUACAGUGGUAGGGUUAAGAAGAGAAAAAGUGAAAAAUAGAGUAACAGUACAAUAGACACCAAAGGGAGGACAAAUAGAAAGAAAAUGUCCUUUAAGAUAAUUUACUGCUUUGAGCACCAACUUGUAUUUCUAGUCCAGGAAGGACUCAUACCCAGAAUAAGGUAAGGUCAGUGUGAAAAUCACAGCCAGACACUCAGCCAGAGUAAGGCCAUAAGAAACUAUGUCAACACAGCAUGUCUAUCACAGAUCUCUCCAUUUGGACCAGCCAGCCUCUAUUCUCUUCCCUCUGUUGGUUGCUCGUCUCCCUCCCUUUUAGAGCCGCACCAAUUGGUUCAAAUCUCUGGCAAAAAAAUUAAUAGCUUUGACUAUUUUCACCAGAAUCCCAAUAAAGAAGUCUGGCCUGAAAACUUACUUAUUUGUAGGCAUCUAGCAAGCACAGUCUUGGAUCCUUUGUGUCUUCCCCAGGCACAAUAUCAAAGCAAAUUCUACCCUAUAUAUUCCAUUUCAUUCAAAGACAACAUUAUUGGGAUUCCGGUGGGUUAUUAUUUAUAC